CAUAAUAGGAGUUAGGAGAAGGUCUCAGUGGAUAGAGAGCAGAGGGGAACCCUCAGCAGAAAAAAAUGGAUCUGAUAGAUCCUGGAUGUGUCCCUCACCUUCCGGAACUCUGCCACCAUGUGAGGCUGGUGCCCCAAACCCAAACCCACCAUCACAUUGGAGGGAGCCCCUGCCUUGUCUUGACCCUGUCUGAAGGGCAGGAAAGACAUCUAUGAUUUGUGAAGAGUUACUAGGUGGUAUAGGGACUUGAGAAGGCAGAAAAUUAUAGGACAAGUGAGAUGAGUACCUACAAACUCAAGCUGAAUUUGAAGUAAAUUUAAUCACAAAAUGGUGUUUACACUUGGGGGUUAGGUUUGGGAGUAAAGAAAUGUACAUAAAUUUGAUUUAUUAAGUUUUCCCACAGGACUAAGAUUUUUAUUACCUACAUAUAAAGUUAUUUUCUACAGAAAAAUUAAAUACCAGGUUUUAAAUAACUGAUUAGAAUGUUAUUUUUAGGGCAACUAAAUUAUAAAUUGCAGAGUAAUUAUAGCUAAAUUGCAUUUAAAAAUAAAUCUAUAAGACACAUGGAGUCUUACUAUGUACAUUUUAAUCCUUUAGCCCUGACUCGUGAAUUGAGAGGCAGAGAUAAAAGUAUGACGGAACAGCUGUCCAAGAUCGAUGAUGGUGAAGACAUUGACCUUCUCAAUUCACAUUACAGCAAGAUUAAGAGAAUUGUGUACUUGAUUGUAUCAUCCUUCACUUUCAGAAUAUUUGGAAUUUUGCUGACCUUUGUGGAUGUGUCCCUCAUCAUUACAGACAUAGUUGUCUCUGAUAGCACGAUGUAUAUUCCUGUGGAAUAUCGUUCAGUUUCUUUAGCUAUUGCUUUAUUUUUUUUCAUGGAUGUUUUCCUUCGAGUAUUUAUAGAAGGGAUACGACGGUAUUUUUCUGAUAUAUUUAACUCCUUAGAUGCUGCCAUUAUUGUGGUGACUCUACUGGUCAAUAUUGCUUGUAUUUUCUAUGACUUUAAGGUUCUUAAAGAUUUCCCCAAGUCGACAAUUAUUUUACGACCUCUACGACUUAUCACUCUAAUAAGAGUUUUUCAUCUGGCUCAUCAAAAAAGACAUCUUGAAAUGCUGACCAGGAGGAUGGUUUCAGGAAACAAACGGCGAUACAAGAAGGAUGGAUUUGAGUUAGACCUCACUUACAUUACUGAGCGUAUUAUUGCCAUGUCAUUCCCAUCUUCUGGAAAGCAGUCUUUCUAUAGGAAUCCCAUUAAGGAAGUUGUACGGUUCCUGGAUACCAAGCAUCAAAACCACUACCGAGUCUACAAUCUAUGCAGUGAAAGAGCUUAUGAUGCUAAGUACUUCCAUGAUAGGGUCCGUCGAUACAUGAUUGACGAUCACAAUGUCCCCUCUUUGAGUGAGAUGGUGGCGUUCUCCAAGGAAGUACAAGAGUGGCUGGCUCAAGAUGAGGAAAACAUCACAGUGAUUCACUGUAAGGGGGGCAAAGGAAGAACUGGAACUAUGAUCUGUGCCUACCUUCUUGCCAGUGAAAUAUUUGCAACCGCAGAGGACAGCCUUUAUUAUUUUGGAGAACGACGAACAGAUAAAUCCACCAGCAGUAAAUUUCAGGGAAUAGAAACUCCUUCUCAGAAUAGAUUUGUUGGAUAUUUUGCAAUGGUGAAAAAUACCUACAAUUUGACUCUUCCUCCAGUGAAAAAACUCACGAUGGAAAAAAUCAUUAUUUAUUCAAUUCAAGGUGUUGGGAAAGGCAAUGGAAAUGACCUAAAAGUACAAAUAAUAAUGCAACGAAAGCCUGUCUUUUUCUGUUCUGCUUCCAAAAACUGUGGGAUAGUUCAUGAUGCUGAAACAGACAGAGUAAUAAUUAAUCUAUCCAACUGUCCACCUCUGUAUGAUGAGGUGAAAGUGAAAUUUCUCUCUUCUUCGGAUCUUCCUAAAUACUAUGACGACUGUCCAUUUUUCUUUUGGUUCCAUACAUCUUUUAUACAAAAUAACAGGCUUUAUCUUUCAAGAGGUGAAUUGGAUAAUCCCCACAAACCAAAAGCAUGGAAAAUUUACCGUCCAGAGUUCGCAGUCGAGGUAUAUUUUGAUGACGUUAAGUUGUAGCUGGUAUCUAAGUGUAGUUCCCCUUCUAGGCUAGAAUCAUGUUCUUCCCAAUCCUUGCUACCUAUUUAUAUCUUUUAAACCUAUUUCCUUGCUGAUAUAUUUACAUAUUAUAUACAUAUGUCCCUGAGAACUCUA